AUGGUGUCAACUAGGAAAUCUACCAACUUUGGAGAACAAGGUUACUGGUUUUCCUUAUUUUACAGAUGGGGUCGAGGAUUUGGUCUAUUGGGUUCCAUUUUUGGAAAAGAUGGUGUAUUAAACCAGCCAAACAGUGUCUUUGGACUUAUAUUUUAUAUACUGCAGUUAUUACUUGGCAUGACAGCAAGCGCUGUUGCAGCUUUAAUGCUCAUGACGUCGUCCAUCGUGUCUGCGGUAGGGUCUCUGUACCUGGCCUACAUUCUGUACUUUGUGCUGAAGGAGUUUUGCAUCAUCUGCGUCAUCACAUACGUGCUGAACUUCGUUCUUCUUAUUAUCAACUACAAACGACUAGUUUACUUGAAUGAGGCCUGGAAACGGCAGCUGCAGCCUAAGCAGGACUGACAGCCGGACGGACUCUGAACUGACAGUCGGAAGUCCCCUUUUCCAUUAAGUUUAUUUUGCAGCGGUUUUUUGGUUUUGGUUUUUUUUUGUGUUUUUUUUUUUUAAUUCUUCACAACAGACACUUUCCCUAAGAAUCUUAAACUGAUUUUUUAAAAUCCUGUAAAUUAGAAGGGGCCCUAGCUAUUUUGUGUGUCAAUCUUCAUUUUCAACAUGGAUACAAAAAAAAAAAGAAGAAGGAGGAUAUGCCGAGCCAAUCAAAGACAAGCUUUAACUUUACUUUGAAGAUGUUUCUGGAAUAAUAAAAUGUAGCCCUAGCCCCCUGCCCUUGAUUGUAAAGUGAGCAACCAUUGCUAGUAAUUCUCUAAUGUGUAUAAAUUCAAUUUCAGGUAUAACAAAUGUGAUCAUGACAUGAAAAUAUUUUAGAAUAGAUCCUGUAUUAAAUAUUGCCAUGUUUACAAUAUGUAAUAUGUUUUUAGCCGAUGGAUUUAAACAUGUAGAUUCAACUAGAAUCCAUUUAUGUGAUAUUUGUAAAUAAAGGUAGAAAUAUCGGAUCCAUCCCCUGCAGAACGUACUGUACAGUUGAAGUGUAGCGAUGAAGAAUUGUCAGCCCAACGUUGACUGAAGAAAUAGUGAAAAUAGUAAGUCCAUACAGAGCAUGUUGUGAGAAGUACUGACAGCUGUGGGUCCAGCACUGACGGCAAAAAUAAUAGGGUAGCUGGUUCCCUUUCAUCUCCUUCCUCGGAAAGGAAGAAACUAAAUUUGGACAUUCAAGUCAAGCUUGUGUCUAGUCAUAAAACUGGAUCAAUUAAUUAUAACCUUGAAAAUGAGUCACGUGACCAGACCUUCACGUCCAAGGCCUUCAGGACACUAAAGAUGGGGAAAUGGCUUAGAUUUCUUUGAGAAAAGCUGGAAACAUUAAUAUGGCACUUUUAGGUAAAGUCUCUUACAGUAGCUGAAUUUUCAUGCAGAUAUUUUUCCUUAACAUUGGUGCCAGGCGACCAAACAGUAUUAGGACCUUGAAGUAACCAGUAUAAGCCCAGUUGCUCCAGAGUAGGGUUGCUCUUGGGUAGCUCCGUAGUAUUUCCUGUUUCAUUCUGCACUAAUUGGAUGUCUCGCUUGAUUGUUUUAGAGGCAAUAUUAGAUUUGUCAGUUUUCGGGCCGACAUGCUGCUCAGUUUGCUCAGUCGGGAGUAGUGCAGGUAGAAAUAUCUGAAGGUGAAGUACACUCAUGGGGUCACUGCGCUUUCUAGAAACUACGCAAAUGCCUAGGUUUUAAAGGUGACGUGAAUAAACCCCAAUGAAAUUGUGACAGUAUGUUUCUAUGGUUAACACCUUCUAUCAGAAUGUUAAAAGUGCCUUCUGUCUUAAACCUCAAACCAAAUAUUUUGUGUUGAACUUGGGCAGAAGUGUCCUUCCUUCCUCUUACCAUGACAUAGCAAACCUGCAUUAUUCUCUAGAAAGGUUCUGUAUGAUCAUUUUAUUCCUUUGAUGGAGAAGUAGUAGCAAUGUUUUUGCUUCUGAUUAGAUUAAUCAUUAUGUUAUAAAUAGACUGGUAACUUUGGAGUGCUUUCACAAGCCUUCUUUUGGAAGGGAGGGGACGGGCCCUGCUCUGUAAACCAUAACGCGUAGAGUCAGCAACUUGCAGCAGCAUCCGACUAACUGUCCUAAUUGAUGCAAUGUAUUUUUCUGGCCCAAGGCAGGUGGUAACAUCUGAACUGUAACGAACUUUCCACCAGUUUUCACCAGUUUUGUAAAAGCUGAAUUCGGAUUUCCAGGCUUAUGUUCUCCCAUGAAUGUGAAUAUUCCGAUGCCUGUUUUAUUAUGUAUGUAUUGUUCUUGUCUCUGUAGUUAAUGAACUCGGGAAAGCAUUGGAUUGGAUGUCUGGUGUGUACGGAGCAACAAGUCCUAACGUUGAAGAGCUUGUCCAGUGAGGGCAUCUGGUAGCAGGUGCUUCUAGUCCUGCCGAGCGGCUUGUGGAAAUGGUUCACAGUGAAGACUUCUGUGGUAUAUAUAACACUGCUUGUGCUAAAUAAGUUCCUCGUGUCCCAGUUUAAAAUGGUUUUUCAUCAUAUUUUGUAUCAAUCAGCAGAGUAUGGUUAAAGCUUGUCUAGAUGUUGCGUUCUUGCAAAUGUCUUCAACUUUUAAUAUGAUAAAACGUAAAAAAAAAUGUUCAGCCAGACCCUUCCAGGUUUUCCGUUGCUCUCCUAAUAAGCCUUGGGGAUAACACCACUGUUUCAUUUGUGCAGAAACUUUUGCCACGUUCCUGUGACCCCAGUAGAAUUAAUACCUUUUUUUCUCACUGAGCGAUGAAGGUGUGGUGCCUGAAGUAACAGCAUCGUGAUGCCAGUAUCUCAGUAAACAGCAGGACCCCGGUGGAAGAAUGUAGGCUCAUCCUCUCUUCCACCCUGAGAAGGAGAAGACACCGUGCUAUAAAAUUUGAGGACUGUUAUGACUAUUUUAGACUCGAUAUUUAAAACCCUGCAACAUUACCAGCCAUCAACACUGAAGAAUAAAAUGGGGGGGGGAGAGGGUAGGGAUUGGAUUUCUGGAUUUUGCUGUAAUUCCAUGCUUCUUGGUUUGGGGAAUGAGUCGUAACAAGUGAAGCCCCUUAUUUACUUGGUAGCCAUAUCGUUUGAAAAAAAUAAGAGAAGUGUGGUUAGAUGACAAAUUCUAGGGAAUCUAGGUGGUUUGGAGGAUUUCGUUCAGUUUUUCAUUGCAGCUAGGUGCUUUCCACGAAGGUAAACUGGUGAAAUAACUCAGGUUUAACUAGCUGUGUGCCAGGAAUUCCUUCUACUUGAUGUAUGUCACCUCUCUUUAAAUCUGUUACUUUUAAAGAUGUUGAAAGCGUUGACUAUUUUCAUACAGAGACAAAGAUCUGUCGUUUGGUACAAGAGAUCUUUGGACCCUACUUGGUAGGAUAUAGGACCAAGACUCCAGUGAAAUUAUAACUAUUUGUUGGCUUUAGUUUGCUUGUAUUUCAUUUAUAAGAUUAUCAGCAAAAGUGCAGAGUUCUCUUCAGCGACUGCUUCGUAACAGAUUGGACCCACCGCUCGACAUGAGUGGAAGCUGGCAAAUCUUGUCUUGAAAAUUCGUAGUAGACAAAUGCCAACAAGAAAUCCACCAUCAUUUUUGGUAACCUCUUUGGGAAGGAAUACCUAACAUGCAACCUUUGUCCGUAUGUAUUUCCCCCACACACACACGCAAGCAUCGGUGGAACAUUUCUAUUCAGACAUUUUAGGCAGCACUUAUGAUUUCUGAUCCGUGAGAACUCUCCCCUUCGAUAAAACAGAAGGGACAGAAGUGGGAAUCCAGGCGACUUGGUCAAAUUUUUUUUUUUUUAAACAAAUGAGCCCAGAAAAGGUGAAAUGUUUUGUCAUAAAACUGUAUUAAGCAUGGCCUAAGUAUUAGGUGUAUGAUCUGUAUAGUAUGUUCCAUCAAAAAUAUUUAUUACUAGCGCUUUAAGCUCCAGAGCAAACAUUCAUUUAAAGUGGAGUUCACUGGGCGGACUUCCCCCUUUAAUAUAGAUAGAAAUAUUCUUUAUCAGAGAUUUAGGACAGUUUUGCUAACUGGUAAAAACAAAUGUAAAUAUGUAAGAAUGUUUAUUUGUUGCACAUAACUUUUUUGGUAUAAAAUAAAUGUAGCCGUUACCGUGGAA